AGGACUCCGAUUCCCUGGUGGACUCAGGAAGUUGUCCUUUAAAAAACACAUCUUCAGCCCGCCUUUGAGCGCCGCCUCGUCAGAACAGCAUGUGGACUGGUUCGCCAGGUCCCCUAAGUGUUCUGGGCUGCUGCCGCCGCCGCCUCAGUCCGAGCAGCCUCUGUGGGCAGAGAGAGCCACAAGCAGGUCGAGGAGCGGGGGCGCGCGGGCACUCUGUUCCCAGCUUGCUGCUGGCCUCUUCUUCUCUGGAGGUGGCAGUCACUGUUGCUGCGGAGAAGCCAGCCUGCAUCUCCCUGCCUGUUGGUCGCUUAGUAAGGAGUUGAGACUACACCUCCAGCGGGGACCCACAUGGCUUGUUACCUGGUCAUCAGUUCGAGACAUCUCAGCAAUGGGCACUACCGGGGCAUUAAGGGAGUCUUCAGAGGGCCCCUCUGCAAGAAUGGAUCUCCGUCUCCGGAUUUUGCAGAAAAGGAGAAGUCUACAGCAAAAUCUCUGGAAGAUGCAAAAGCGAACUUUUACUGUGAAUUGUGUGACAAGCAGUAUAACAAACACCAGGAGUUUGACAAUCACAUUAAUUCUUAUGACCACGCUCAUAAGCAGAGAUUGAAAGAAUUAAAGCAUCGCGAAUUUGCUCGAAAUGUAGCUUCUAAAUCAUGGAAAGAUGAGAAGAAACAAGAAAAAGCACUUAAGCGACUCCAUCAGCUGGCUGAGCUGCGGCAACAGUCUGAAUGUGUUUCUGGAAAUGGACCAGCGUACAAAACCCCAAGGAUAGCCAUGGAAAAGCAGCUCCAGCAGGGAAUUUUCCCUGUUAAGAAUGGCAGAAAGGUAUCCUGCAUGAAAAGUGCCCUUUUCAAGGGAAAGAAUGUGCCCAGAAGUAGCAUGGAUAAGCAGCGAUCAGCCAUGCCAAACCGACACCAGCUACAAUCAGAUAGGCGACACUUGUUUGGGAAUAUGAUAACACAAACAUCUUCAGACCUUAGCAAUGCAAACCACAGGACAGGAGUUUCAUUUUCAUUUUCAAAAAAAGCCUAUCUAAAAUUAGAAUCCUCUGCCUCAGUUUUCAGCGAGAACACAGACGAUACACAUGAUUGUAGCAAGUCACCCACCUAUAAAGUCAAACGAACAGUGGAGAACUGCAAGUGUGGCCGGCUUGCAAGCGAUGAUGCAGACCUUAUGAAGGAAGGAGCUGUCCUUUCAGCAAGCAAUCUGGAGGGUUUUUUAAACACCUCCUCGAUGAACUCUAAAAUUUCACAAAACAAACAUGAAUCUAUUAAUGGGAGACUGAAAGAUGCAGCAGGCACUCACAUGGCUUUCUCUAAGUCUCACUUCCGUGUUUCAGAGAGAGACUGUACUUUUUCCAGCAGAGAGAAAGAAAUUAGAAAUGCACUGAAGGAUACUUCAGAAAACUGUACUAAUCACCCAUGCCAAGCAAAUGAAUCUUCCAGUCCACUAAACAUUUACAAGCACAGUGAUAGUAGGUGGUGUGAAUGUCUGGAUGAGUUUUUGCCUUCAGGACCAAGUGAAAAGAAGACUCAAGCACAUCGAAUUCCUAACUCAAGAAUGGAGGCCAGAGCAAAGUCUUCAGAUGAAUCAGAAAGGGUUAGCAAAAAUGUUCAAAGACAUUGCAGAGAAGAUUGUUCACAUGAUCUGAAAUCCAAACCAUUGCCUUUCCUCCAUGUACAGAGCAAGGAUGGUCACACUACUCUACAGUGGCCUACAGAACUUCUCUUCUUUACCAGAACAGAACCUUGCAUAUCUUAUGGCUGUAAUCCUUUAUAUUUUGAUUUCAAACUGUCUCGCAACACAAAAGAUGAGUGUAACUCAGAGAAUGUACAAACAGAGUUGGAGAAAAAGGCUUUAGAAAUAAAGACAAAACAAGAGAGCCAAGUCACAGAUUUAAUUAAAGAACAAGAAAAAUUGACCCAAGAUAAUCAAUCUCUGAAACCAAAGAUGAUUGUAGCUAACCCAGAUUGGGAAAAGUUCCAGCGAAAAUACAAUCUGGACUAUGAUGACUCUGACUCCAGUGUAAGUGAACAUGCUAGUCUACAAGACUUGGAAAUGAAAAGUCCUGAAGUGCCUGCUUACCUUAAGCUGUCUCUAAAGGAUGGUUUAGGAAACAAUAAUGAUGAUAUUGAAUUGAUGGAACCAUCAAACAUCCAUUGGCAAAGUUGCAAAAGGACAGUUUGCAAUAAUGCCCUUGAGGGUCUGUCUUUCUCUCCUCACAUCUCAAGGACUAAAAUCCAUAAGCUAAAUCCCUGUAGUCUACAGUCAGAGUUUGAAGAAGAAAAUCAACAUACCUGGAAUUUGAGUCCUUACACAUCAGGGAAUCACAGUGAGUAUGGGAAGGAUAGAGGUAUAAGCUUAAAUACCUGCAACAUCAGCAUGGCCAGAAGAGCUUCUACAAGUGGGAAGCUAAGUUAUGAGAGAUAUUCUCCAGUGUCACCUCUGAAAGCCCAUCCCAGAACUGUGGAUGAAUCUUCUAGAAACGUGUCCAGCUGGAGAAACAUGUGUACAAGUCAUAGGUCCAAGGGGAGUAACAGCAGUCAUAUGCUCUGCUUUUGUAAAAGAGAAUGUGACUCUGUUGAAAGACACACGUGGAAACACAGAAAGCACAAUUGCCUCUACAUGGCUGAUGUGCCUCUAAGCAGCAACUGUCCUCAGUCAGAAGCACAGAGAGACAAGAAUGGUAAAAUAUCAGAUUCAUUUAAAACUAAAAAACGAUCAAAACACAGAGACUGCCACUGCAGAGAAAGGUAUAAACUGGGUAAAAAUCAACAAUUUGCAGAGCCCAACCCCCCAGGAAUUUUCCGUUGUGAUUCUGGCUCUCGGGUUUCAAUCGAUGGUAAUGGUGGGAAAACCUUUAAUGGCCAGGAAUCUCAGCACAACAAAUUGAAAUCUUAUUUGAGACGGAGAGCUUACUGCUUAAAUAAAAACAACAAAAGCCAAAAAUCUUUAGCCAGCCUUCACAUUGGUGAUGUGGGAAAAGUUAAGUGCAGACAAUGUAACUCGAGCACUGCCAAUUACCAUCUAAGAAGCUGUAGAGGCGGCCCUUCAGAAGCCACACAGUCAAACAUUGCUGUUGGAGAAGGGCCAUCCCUUACUGCCAAGGGUCUUUUGGAAAGAGUGAAAGCCAAGAAGUGUCAGGAGCAAUCAAUGGAGUUUGAGAUGUCCUCAAACAGUUGUCUAAAAGAAUCUCACACUCAUUCACAAAUUCAAUGCACAACACCACCUGGACCAUCAUGCUGUAGCAGAACGGUAUUGCCUUUCUCAAAAAAGAGACAACACAUAGGCAAAAGAAAAAAUGAGAAAGGUAACAAGGUUCAUAAAACUUCUGAUAAUGACAAAGGCAAAAACUUACAAAAAAUUAAUUCAACUAUUUUGACAGACACUGAAUGUGACAACUAUCUUUCCAAAGGCAUAAAUGGUUUAGUGACAGACUCUCAGUCUUUAAGCAGAAAAAAUAACCAGACAACAAAAGAGAAAUCUAAAUCUUCAGUUAUUGAAGUCCAACCUUUUCUUCAAAGCUAUGACCCAGUACCAAAUGAUUUCCUUGGUGCUUUUUCGUCUAAUAGAUAUACUGGCGUAACUGAUUCCACAGAGACCAAAGAGGACCAGAUAAAUCUAGACUUAGAGGAUGUAAGCAUGUCUGUAAAUCAUGUAGAGGGGAAUAUAAACUCUUACUAUGACAGAGCUGUGCAGAAGCAUGACAAAAUGGAAGAUGAAUUAGAAGUGUGUCAUAAAUCUCUGUCACCCCCUUUAAUUCAACAGCCCAUAACAUUUUCUCCUGAUGAGAUAGAUAAGUACAAGCGUCUCCAGCUCCAAGCCCAGCAGCACGUGCAGAAGCAGCUCCUGUCGAGGCAUCUCCGAGUGUUGCCUGCUACAGGGCCCACUGCCUUCUCUCCUGCCUCAGCUGUGCAGACAGUUCCAGUGCACCAGCACACAUCCAUCACCACCAUCCACCACACAUUUCUACAGCAUUUUGCUGUUUCUGCUUCCAUAAGUUCUCACAGCAGUCCCCUCCCUAUAGCUCAUCUCCAUCCUCUGUCCCAGCCACAUUUUACUCCUAUUUCAUUUUCAACCAUUGCCCCAACCAUUAUCCCUGGACACCCUACUUUCCUGGGUCAUCCUCUACAUUUAGUCGCAGCUGCGCCCUUCCACCCAUCACACAUGACAUUGCAGCCCCUGCCUUCUGCAGCAUUUAUUCCCACAUUGUUUGGUCCUCAUUUAAACCCAGCCACCACUUCUAUUUUCCACUUGAAUCCUUUAAUCCAACCAGUGCUGCAAGGUCAAGAUCUUUACCAUCACUCUUGCUCUAGCCAGAUGCAACAGUUAAAUAGUGUGAAGGAGGCUUUAAAUAUGGCAGUACACUUGAACUAA